AUGGCACCAGUAUAUGAAGAUUUGAAACGUUUAUUUAGUAAACAUGGUCGAAUUGUUGAUAUUACGAUUCCACUAGAUUAUCAUACGCAUCCAAGAGAUGCUGAAGACGCCAUGCGUUAUUUAGAUCGUUAUCGUUUACAUAAUAAAGAAUUAGAGAUUGAAUUUGCACGAGGCGACCGUAAAACUCCCUCUGAAAUGCGGUUACAAGAAAAAGAAUUUCAACCUGCUGGCAAUGAUCGUGGAGGAUCACGAGGAGGUCCAGGUGGACGAGGAAAUUACGGUGGUGGAAGGGGUGAAUCUCGGCGAAGACCAUCAAGAAGCAGAAGUAGAAGCCGUGGAGGUGCCCGUCGUGAAAGGAGUUUUUCGCGUGAGCGUUCCUCACCUCGACAUGGAUCGCGUCAAAAAAAAUCACGAUCAGAGAGUCAAUAG